AUGGUGAAAACGGAGCAAGUCCAGGUCCACAGGUUCGACCACAACAACACUGAAGUCAUAAAGACUGGUCCGAUUGCUAACAUCUAUCUGCAAUACUUGCUUCUUGGCCUUCGUCGGAUUUUGGGCAUAUCUUCUCGUUCAUCUCUUUUUCUAAGCACAAAUGUCUUUUCUGUGUUAUUAAAUCCCGUUGGCGAUGCUCCAAUCUUGAAAAAAAGAAAAUACGCUGUUGAUCCUUCCCGUGAUAUCGCUUGGAAAAUGAUGGGGCUGGUUGAUUACGACAGUGAGUCGGGAAGCGACGAGGAAUCGAAAACUUUGCAACCACAGCGUAAAAAUAUUUCCGCAGCAGAAGACGGAGAUUUCUUUUCUACCAAAAGCGAUAAUGAUGGAGAUAACGAAUGCACAACAAACCCAGCACCACUAUUUGACGAAGAUGAGAAGGAUCUCGAUGAUGUGGUGAAGCCAAAAGCUUGGGAGAAAGCUUUAGCGGAAAAGACAAGAAGAAAACUCGAAAAGAAGGCUGAGAAAAAGAAGAGAAAAGAUGCAAAAGCAUCAUUAAAAGAAGCGCAGAAAUCAGAAACAUCUAUUGUUAGAGAAGCCGAACCAAAAACCAAGAAGCGACCCCAGAUUGCUUUAUUUGGUGCACUGAACAUGGCAGCAGAUCCGGGAAGUGAUAGUGAGGAAGAGGAAACAAAACCGGGACCAUCUGGGCUUGCUCAACCCGGUGCAAAAGGAUUACUUGGAAUGUUACCUCCUCCAUCGAAAAUGGCAGCCACAAAACCAGCAAAGAAACCCACACCUGCGCCAGCUGUUACGGCAACAACAACAAUCAAGAAGAAACCUCUCAUUGAUGAUCAAGAUUCCGAUUCUGAUGAUGAAGCUGGCGAUUUCUUUGGUCUUACUUCAAGUGCGCCGAGUGCUAAGAUGGCAAGAUUGGAGGACCAAUCCGAAAUUCCUAUGAUGCCCAGUGGAGGACUUGAGGAGGUUGUUGGACCAAUGCGGCCGGCGGCAAAUGAAUACGUUCAUCCGUCGGAAAUGUACAAUAUGGCUAAUUUCGAGAUGGAGGCAAAGCGCAAAGGAAUCAUUACUGACCAGGAAGCUCAUCGUUUGAUUCUUCAGAGGGAAAGCGAUUUUGGAAUGGGAGUUUCAGACAUUGUGAGCAAUAUCCAGGAUUUCUCAGUGGAACAGGCACUCGGCCCGAAUGUUCAUGCGCAACUCUUGCGUAACAUCACGAAGCAACAACACGCAAAAUCGACCGCCAUCCCGUUGCCUAAAGUUGCAGGUGUGCGCGAUAUCAACGCAAAGAGGAAGAAUCAAAUUACGUAUCUUGCACAAAUGGCUGUUGCCAGAGAAGAAGCUUUACAAGAUGCAAGAGCAGACUCGAAGCACACCAAGAGAAUGGCCAGGCAAAAAUACGGCUUC